GAGUCUAUUCUGUUGACAAAUCCCUGUAGUUUGUUGACUUCAAUCUCCUUCGGUGGAGUCGUCUUCAGACUUCAAAUGAAAUGAUGGGUUUGGCAUAUCAUCAUCAUCACCACAAGACUCUGUUUCUGUCUUUCCUCUGUUCCAUAUAUGGACUAAAUCUUUUUAUCAUAAACCUCUGAGAUUUCACGGCUGGAUGGCGUCCAUGGGUUCUCCAGUGGAGAGCAAUUCUAGUACCACUGGUGCUUCGAAAACGGUGUAUGUAGCUCUGGGCAACGAUCUGCAAGAAGGGUUGAAGACGCUUGAUUGGACUCUGAGAAAAUGGAGUUCCAGCAUCUCCAAAAUCGUCAUUCUUUAUCUGGCCCCCGAUUGCUCCAACGAUGUCGUCAACACCCACUUUGGGAAGGUGCUGGCAAGCUCCAUGAGCGACGAGAAGCUCGAAGCUCUCAGAAACUACGAGCAGCGGAAAGUCGACAAGUUAUUGUCCGAGUAUAUAGCUUACUGCGGAAAGGGGGUGAGAGCGAAAGUGAUGAAACUGGAGAAAUCGGAAGAGCCGAUUGAGAGGGCGAUGGUGGAAUUGAUAUCAAAGCACAAAAUCUCGACGCUCGUAAUUGGGAUUUCAUUCUUGAAAUUCUCCCCUUCUUGGAAGAAAACUCGGAACACGAUUGGUGCUCUGUUCUAUAUCCAUCAGAAGAAGGCAAAGUGGUGCGAGAUGUGGAUAGUGUGCGGCGGAAAAUUGGUGCGCGUGACAGUUGGAGAAAGCGACGAGGGCGUGGCGAUGGAGGACGAAGAGGGGAAAGCGAUUCCUAGCUUCAGGAGUAGUAGUACUGGUGGUGGCGGCAGUUCGUCGUCGUGGCUUGGAAGAGUGUUCAGUGAAAACCAGAGAAAGAAGCGGUCUUCUUCUUGCAGAGAAGGUCGAGGAGGCGGCGGCGGAGGAGAUUGUUGGGAGAGCAACGGUGUGGAGAUCGAGAAGUAUCUGGAGGAGUUGACGAUGAAGAUGGGUGGUCUUAGUUUCGAAGCAGAGACCGAGGAGCAGAGGAUGACUUCUUCUACUUCUUCUGUUCAGCAGCAGGGAGAGGAAGGUGAUUGUUGUGUGCUUUCGCGUAAGAUCGGGUGA